CAGAGCGCCGAUCGCGAAGCCAUCGGGUCCGGUACCGAAGGGAACGGCGCACUUUUCUAAGCCGCUCUCAGCACCGAAGUUGUGCCGGUUGGUACGGAUCUGAAGCGCCUAAUGGAUUUAACUUAAAUUAAACAUCAAGUUGUCCCUCGUUAGUGCUUUGGCCGCUGGCUCCAUGCAGUAAGACAUCUGCGACCUCUCGAAGUUCUCUGACACAAUGACAACUCCAGAAGAGCGUGCCUUGGUCGACUGCUGGAAUGCAGAACAUCACUCCACUGAGAGGUGACUCCCAGAUCUUCUCAAACCUGAAUAUGUCUGGAUGCCACGAUGAAUCUGAACCACAGCACCACAGAAACCAGCAUAUUCUCAUCUAGAAGUUCCUCAACGAUGGGGCUUUACCAAGAGACUAUCAUCCCUCAGGGAGACCCAUGGCUGACGCAUCAGAACGUGGAUGAAAAUGACUCUUUCUACCAAGAGAAAGACAACCUGACAGGCUUGUACAAUGCAACUGUCAUGCCCACCAUCGCAUACGACCCUCUGGGGGGACACACUCUUUGGCAGGUCAUCCUAAUUGUCUUCUUCACUGGGCUCUUGUCUUUAGUGACCAUCAUUGGCAACAUCCUUGUACUGCUGUCAUUUAAGGUCAACAGGCAGCUGAAGACAGUAAAUAACUACUAUCUGCUCAGCCUUGCGUUCGCCGACCUCAUCAUCGGCGUGAUUUCGAUGAACCUCUACACCACUUAUCUCAUCAUGGAUCAGUGGGCAUUAGGCAACUGGGCAUGUGACUUGUGGCUUGCAAUUGACUACGUAGCCAGCAACGCCUCAGUCAUGAACUUGCUGGUGAUCAGCUUUGACAGGUACUUCUCUGUAACGCGACCGCUGACGUAUCGCGCCAAAAGAACAACCAAGAGGGCCGUGGCGAUGAUUGUCCUGGCCUGGUCCAUCUCGUUCGUGCUCUGGGCACCUGCCAUCUUAUUCUGGCAGUAUUUUGUCGGAGAGCGGACUGUCCCCCCUGGCAAGUGCUACAUCCAGUUCCUCUCCGAACCCAUCAUCACCUUCUGCACAGCCAUGGCAGCCUUCUACUUGCCGGUCACUAUCAUGACUGUGCUCUACUGGCGGAUCUACAAGGAGACAGAGAAUCGCUCCAAGGAGCUGGCGGGCCUGCGGGGCUCAGGCAACCAGGGUGAACAGACUAGCGUAGCCCAUCAGACGGGGAGCUCCAGAAGCUGCAGCAGCUAUGAGUUGAGCCGGCCGACCAAGAAGGGCUCGGUCAAGAGGAUUAUGGGACGCUUCCGCCUCUGGCCUGCACCAAAGCCCGGGAGUGAGGGGGAGCAGGAUCAAAGCAGCAGUGACAGCUGGAACAACAACGAUGCGGCAAUGUCCAUGGACCAGUCCGACUCGGAUGAGGAGGAGAUUCCCGAGAGCCGUGCCAUCUACUCCAUCGUUCUCAAUCUGCCCGGCAUGAAGGCAGCCAUGACCUCACAGCUCAUGUCACCAGAAGAGCUCCAGGUGUCUGAGAAAGUCCCUCCCAAGGUAAAGGCAGGGAGCAGGCAGGGUUCCCCGACCAAGGAUGGGGGCAACCAAGAAGACAAUGGCUACCACCAACGUUUCUCAAAACCACAAGCGCAAUCCGUGUCCUCAGCAGAAACGGCUAAAGCAGAGCCCGCAUCCCUUGCCGGCAAGUCCCCGGCGGUACCCCUCUCCUUCAAGGAUGCUGCCCUGGCCAAGCGGUUUGCCUCCAAAGCAAGGAUGCAGAUCUCCAAGCGCAAGAAGAUGUCCCUCGUCAAGGAGAAAAAGGCAGCGCAGACCUUGAGCGCCAUCUUGUUUGCCUUUAUCAUCACAUGGACGCCCUACAAUAUCAUGGUGCUAGUGAACACCUUCUGUAACGACUGCAUCCCCGAGGCACUGUGGGCAUUGGGCUACUGGCUCUGCUACGUCAAUAGCACAGUCAACCCCAUGUGCUACGCACUGUGCAAUAAGACCUUCCGGACCACGUUCAGGAUGAUCCUGCUCUGCCGGUGGGACAACAGAAGGCAGAACAAGCAGCAGUUUCAGCAGUGGCAGUCCGUCGCCUUGCGGAACAAGUUGCCGGGGAAUUCCUAAUGACGGCUCCCCGACAGUGCACCGGCAAGUAGGACUCUGUGAGACUUCCCUACAUCCGUUGUCGGGACACCACAGGAAGGGGGGAAAAAAAGCCUUCACUACAGUUGCUGAAUUCCUGUUUCUGUAGGAGGUCACGCUGGAGGGGAUCGAAAUGGAGCUUAUAUAUUUUUACAGCAAAAGGGCUUUGAGUUACAACGAUAUGGGAUUGUCAUUAUUUCACAGUAGAACGGUAACUUUUAUUUGCCCCAGUAUUGGUGUACUGCGGCACACAGCGUGUCAAAUUAACAGAAAUGUAACUAUUUAAAAAAAGAAACAGUAUUAUUAAGUAUUGUUAAGACAGGAUCCAGUUUUUGGAUACUACGUUUUAUUGUCUCCCAGUAUUACCCACAUGAACUGCGUGUGUCGGUGCGACACCUGAAGCCUGCAGCUUUAUGUUUUGCCAGUAUCAUUGUCGAUCCGUUUUUUGUAUUUGGAUUUUCUGUGAAGUGCUCAUCUUGCAGAUGCAGUGAUUGUGGUGGUCUCUCUUGUGACUCCCAGUAAGGCAACGUUGUGAACGCAGAGUUGAUGUAAAAGCUGCUUAAUUAUUCUGUAUGAGAUGUUAUUUACAUUCUAGGCAAGUUGAAAUACUCUGAUUGGUGUUUAUGUAAAUACAGUUUUACGUUUCUACUGUAUAAAUGAUAGUGGUACAUUAUUUGAGUAUGACUUGACGGACUUAUACUGAUUAUUAUCUGAUAAUUUGGCAAAAGUACAGAACAAAACAUUUUUAUUGCUUUUUCAAAAUUCUAACAAGAUAUGACUGUUGUACACUAUGUAUCUGUCACCAAAGCCUUCUAAAUAUCCUCCUCAUAAUCAUUUUUAUAUUACCAUAUUACAGUCAGACCUGAGGCCGAAAUAAUAAUCAGGACAACAGUGACCCCUUGUGGAGAAAUGUUUGUCUUCCUAAAUGUUUCACGUCAGCGCUACCUACGAGUAUGUGAGAACUGGAGGUCACCAACAUGCACACAGAAUCAGGAUGAGCAGGCACUUGUAAUGCUUGUUGCCAUGUUUCUACAAUGUCAAAAUACAUGAAAUCCUCUGUUUUUUGGACAAGUUUAGGUCAAUCCCAAUAAAAUCUGUUAACUAUUACGUAACGUAAUGCAAGACUUCUAUCCUGUUUCUGCUUAACAGUAUUUUAAAAGUUCCCCUAUUAUACUAAAGUACUUUAAACCAUCGACCACAUCUUUGCAUACAGGCUAUAAUUAUAUAUAUGGAUCUAUUUCAUUCCAAAGCUGCGAUUAACUCGGAUUAUGUGCUUGAUUGCACUCAUUUUCACAAAAUCCAGUUUGAGCUCCAGUAGCCUGAUUGGUAUCAUUUUCAUCGGUUUCCAGAAAGAGGAAAUUAGUACAGAGGAGCCGCAUCCCUAGGAAUUCUGCCGUUUCGUGCAUUUCGUAUAACACAACAGCCCUGUGUAAAGCAGUAAUACACUGCGUGCGAAUAUCAGGAUUCUCCCAGGGUCAGUACAGUCAGUACGGCAACAGUGUGUGGAUGGGAUUUAAGGACCUGGAUCAAAUCUCAGAAGCAGCUCAGUCCUGCUUCUGUAUCCUUAGGCAAAGGCACUCGACCUGAACGUGAUGCUUCAGUAGAAUAACAAGCAAAAUUAUCUCUUCAUCGAACAGAAGAAGAAUAAAGACUAAUUAACACAGCAGGAUGAUGUGGAGAGCAAAUUAAAAAGCAAACAUGAUUGUGUAAUACUAAUGCUUUGUUUUGUGAGGCCGGAACUCCUCUUAUCUGCUGUGUGGUGUAUACUUCCACCUCUGUUUUGGUAUAAACAUACAGUACCAGUCAAGCGUCUGGACACACCUACUGAGAAUCAUUUGUUUUUCAAGGAGAUAAUGACCCUAAGCCCACCUCGAGGUCAUGUGAUAUGUAUUAUCUUGUAAACAGGGAAAGGGACAUAGUGCUGGGACAGGUGACCUGGCCCCCACAAUCCCCCUGAUCUUAACCCUGUAGAGCUGGAUUUGGGUGAGUUGGAUCGAAGAGUAAGAGCAGGUAGCCAACUUGUACCCAGAACUCGUGGCUACAUCUGGUUCAAAGAAUGCCAAGGCUCUGCAGUGCUGCCAUCGAAGUAACAGGGAGCUAUUUCUUUUGGUCAUGGCAAUUUGUGUUACUCAAUUGCUGCACGGCUUUUUACCAGAAGGUGAAUAGCAGCCAAAAUAGGAGUAAGUGCAUUAAAAGCUGGUGGCCAGACUUUUGACUGGCACUGUAAGCGGAAUG